AUGCGGGCGCCUCCCGAGGUGCCGCAAUCCCGCCGCGGCCGCAAGGGCAGGGCCUCCUCCGGGCGCCCGCGGCCGCUCGCCGCAGUGACGGCUCCCGCCCGGGCCCCGCCGCCGCCGCCGCCUCGCUGCCAGGCCGCGUCGCCGUCGCACCGGGUCGGGGCCGCCGCAGCCCGGGCCCCGCAUCUGCCCGGGCCGCGCUGCAGCCGGCGCGGGGAGCGCGGAUCGCGCAACUUACUUUCCGCCAGCGGCGGGCGCCCCUGCACGGGCGGCCAGCCCGCAACGGCAGAGGCCCGCUGCGCACCCCGGCCCAGGGCCGCCGCGCUCGGCCGCGAUCGGCGCUCCCCCUACCUCAGCCCGCGGGCGGGCGUCCGUCUGCAGCGGCCGCGGCUCCGAAGACUCCCUCCCGGCCGCCGAUUCCCCGCAGCCAGAGCUAAUCAUAAUACCGAGCGGGCGGGCGGCCGGCAGCGGGGAGGGGCGGGGCCGAGCUGCGCCUGCGCGGGCCGCGCGUCACUGUGA